AGGCCAGAGUCCAUUGCGAUCCUUCUAUUUAGUUGAACGCUACUCUCAGACUCUAAUGGAAUUCUAGAAAGAUGAGAUGAUCUGACAUUAGAAUCAAACAACAUUCUGAGUGCCUGUUGAUCUUCUAAUGUGUUCACUUGAUUUGUAGGGAAUGGAUGGAUAGAGAGUGGACAAUAGUGGAGAAUUAUUUAAUAGAUAAGUUGUGGAGUUUACCAAUGAAUAGAGCGUCGAAUUUAUCCAUUCAUCGAUUAAGAUCAACCUCAACUGGAGGAGACAACAGAAGUGACUGAGUGAUUACUUCCCUUCUGAUCCAUCAUGAUUCGUCUGUCACACAGUAACCUCAGUUGCCAGUGACGACUUCAUACCUAAACAUCUUUAAAAACAAACUUCACGUUACUGUAAAAAAAAAUCUGGCCACUAAAAGCUGGGAAUACUUCUGCUAAUUGCUUGGACACGUUCGAUAUACACAGUUCGAUCUAGACUGCAGGCUUAUAAUUUGACAGUGAGUUCUGUGUUGUCUCAUACAGCUAAAGACAGGAGUAGACGACAUGGCCGCAGACUAUCAGCGAGUUGUCGUUCUUGCCGCAGACCUCAGCGAACAUUCAGAGAAAGCAUUCAAUUGGUAUGUUGAAAACUUUCACAAGCCAGAUAAUAAAGUUGUGAUAGUGCACACCCCAGAGUACAGCAUGGGCCAUUCAGAAAUGAGUCCCAGCAAAAUUGAAGAAUCCAUUCAGGAAGUUUUGGCAAAAACAGAAAUGAUUAAAUCUAAAUAUGUUGAGAAAAUGAGCGAACACGAGAUGAAUGGAGAGUUUGUAGCACUAGAUGAUCGUAAUCCUGGCCAAGCAAUCUGUAAAUUUGCUGAGAGGAUCAAUGCCACAUUCAUUGUAACAGGUACAAGAGGUCUUGGCAAGUUUAGGAGAACAGUGCUAGGCAGUGUAAGUGACUAUAUUCUCCACCACUCCCACGUCCCGGUACUGGUCUGUAGGAUGAAAUACCUGGAUGACAAAUAGAGCUACUGGGAGCUCCUACACAAUAUCCCAACACAACAGGCCUGCAGAGAAAGCAACUUGAAGACAUUAUGUCUUUGAAAGUGAGGAAACAUCCAGUCAUGUCUGCCUUACAUUUCAAAACGUUUAUUUCAUGAAGAUAAACAGCACAUUCCGUAGUUAGAAUUAUUUGUUUGAGUAUUUACAUUAACUAAAUGCUCAGACCAAGCCAAUGUUGAAAUGCUAUGAAUAUGGUUGGCCUUUUGAAACACUUAUUGAUAUUCUUCUAAAGAUGUACAUGCUUCUAGACAAAUGAUAUUCUAUUCAUAUAAAUAUCAAAUCCAAUAUAAACUUUUGAUGUUCUUAUUUAAAACUGUAGAUUCAUUUUAGAACUUUUUUUUUCUUAAUAAAAAUUAAAUCUAACUAUCAUGUUCUGUAAGCUGUUUGAACCUAACAAAUACGAGCUUUGCUAUACACACAAAUCACACACAUUAAAUUGCUGCUUAGUUGUUGUUUUCAAAUUAAAAAUAAAUAUAAAAAUAAACUGCAUCAGUACUGAACCAAAGUAACAUGUGUCACAGCACACACAAACAGGUAGAACAAACACAAAUCAAGAAAACGUUUACAAGUGACCUCAAACAAAUCAACAUGAAACCAUUAUUAUCAUUAAUAGACUUUGAAGAAGAACAAAUCUUACAUCUCUUUUUGUUUCCUUUGUAUUUACUGGUGGAGAUCCCAAAAGGCUAUUGUAUCACAUGAACUUCCUCUUUAUUCUUGAUUCUAAAAUGGUAUAUAUGUAUGUGCAUACAAUUCGCAUGCUUCAUGUGUAAAAUAAAAGACUUUACUUUCAGAAGACUAAAAGUUGAAGCUGUAUCUAUUUUGAGAAAAGCAGUACCAGUAGUGAUACAUUUUAAAUUUUUAAAAUAUGCAUGUGAUGGACAGACAAAAUGCACAAAAAACAAUAGCUUCUAAACAUAAAAGGUCAUUUUUAUUUAUGUAAUGAAUGUCAUUUGUGCUGUUUUUUUCUGAAACAAACUUUUGGAUAUUUUAAUUUUUAGCAUCAGUGAAUUUAAAACUUCUAAUUCAAUGUUGUCUAAGUGCAUAGUGAAUUUAUACUUGUAAAAUCUAUAAUUUAAUUUAAUUUAAAUGCACAGUCAAUUGUGGGCAAAGUACAUUUAUUUCUAUGUGCACAAAUGUGUUUCCUAAGUGAACAGUGCAUUUUAAACUAAAUGUUUUUUUAUCUUGUUUGAAAUCUGUUCAACAUAUUGGCCUGUUUUAUUUGGUGUAGCUUUGACAGAUUUUUAUUUAUUUCAGAUUGUUUUUGUAUAGCAAGAAGAUUAAUUUUUUAUUUAUAGAAUAGAUAUUUUUAAAUUUUUGUUAUUACAUCAAGCACAUGAAAGUUAACUUGAUACUUAAUAAUGCUUUUAAUUGUAUACAUUUAAUGACAUUGUUAUUGUCUUGGGACCUUAAACUUACAUUAUGUUUGAUACAGUUUUGUAUUGUUUAGCUGUGAGUAUUGUCCUUUUGUUGAUAUAUUACACAUUUUGUCCUUAAUAUUACUUCCACUAUUGAGCAAUAAAGAUGUCCAAUUUAAUAUCUUAUUUCAAGUACAAAUAUUUCAACAUUUCAAUAUUUUAAUUUUAAAAAUUUCAUUGAUAUUAGGAAUUAAAAUGUUGGUGUGGUGUACAUAGUGCAUACAAAGUAGCAUGCUGAAGAAGAUUCAAAAUCUGGUCAUAAAAGUAAACAAUAUGGUAGACUCCUCACACAAAGUCAAGUCAUUUUUCUUCUAGAGUUGAAUAAAAUCAACAUGCAAGGAAAGGUCCAUUUUUUUUUGUCUUGAAAAAGUAAGAAAAAGCUAACUUUCAGAACUUUCCAUCUUUAGGGCAGAUGAUAUAAAAGUCAUCUGUUUCUCUGGCCUAUGGUUAAUGAAGGUGUCAUGUGGAUAACACAACGACCAUCUGCCUUUAAUUUUCCCCACCUAAUGUUGGGUACCCAUUAGUCUUCACCAGGAUUCCAACCUGAGACCCUUUCAUUUAUGCUCUGCCACUCUUCAAUCAUUUUAGAAUACCAUGUGAUGAAUGAUAUUCCACAAAUCUGACCACAUAAAUAUUUAGUUGAAGUAUUUGGUCUUGGUGAUGUUCAUGUCCUAAAAUCAAUUUUUUUUUCUAACUUGAGUAAUAAGGUUAAAAGUUUUGCCAUGUUCCUCGUAGUUCAAUUCAGUUACUGCAGAAUAAGAACAAAUUAAGACUCACCAAGCUUAUUCAAGUUCUAAUUAAUUUUCAAAUGAAUGUCAAACUGAACAUUUGGAACUGAACAUUUGGAACCUAAGUUUGAAAAAUUUUAUAAACAACAAUUGAAAUGUGAAACAAAUAAGAAGACUUAUUGCCUGUGUCUUCUUAUCAGAAUCUAAGAAUGCAGAUUUACCAAACUUUAAAGCCAUUUGUUAGCCAUCAUCAACAAACUGCAUACCUGUGAUUAGAAUCAUACCUAUUGUAUCAAGCUGUUUAGCUGAUAGCUUUAAAUUGAAUUGAUGAAAAUUGUGUUAAUUUUAUUUUAAAAUACAUCUCAAAGAAUACAUUUCUACACUUGUAUAAAUAAAAAGUAUUACUGCACAAAUAUUAGAAAUAAAAUUUAAAAAAUGA